GACAACAAAAUGGCGUUUUCUCAAUCCAUUAAAAAAAGUCAGAUACCUAUAAACUGUCAUCUAUGCGAUACUGAGAAAAACAUCAGGUGGAAAUGUAUUGACUGCGAACUUCUUAUAUGUGAUAAGUGUAAAGAUGGAAGACAUCUUAGAAUUAAAAAUGCACAGGAACAUAAGGUCAUAAGUAUCAAAGACAUUGGUUUAUACAGCGGAGAAUUGGAUUUUACAAAUAUUAAAUGUCCAGACCAUGCUACACAAUCUUGUUGUCUUUUUUGUAAGAUUUGUGACAGUCUUGUAUGUCCGACGUGUGUGUCCAAAGUUCAUAAGAAACAUGCAAAUGACUUAAUCGAGAUCAGUGAAGCCUAUCAUAUGAAAAAAGAAAGCCUUAAAGAAGGACAGAUUAAAUUUCAGAUGGAAGAAAGAAAAGCAGGCACAAAAAAAGAACAAUUGGUAAAGCGUAAGGAUGUUGAAAAAGCAAAACACAGCAAAGUUAUCCAAGAUAUUCUGAAUCAUGAAAAUAUGUUGAAAAGUGACAUUGACAAAUAUAUUAAAGAAUUAAAAGAUGAAGUUGAUGAAAACCUGAAAACUAUUUUCAAAUCAAUUGACACAGAUCUUAGUAUUGUUUCACAAUCAAUGAAACUAUCUAAUGAGAAAAACAAUAAAGUUGAGGAAUUAAUAAAAUCCACUGAUGUUGCAAACUUUUUUUCUGACGCCAGGAGAUUGGAAAAAUCAAUGGAAGCAUCAGUACCAAAAACAAAACCAUCAUACAAUUCCAUUCCAAAGUUUGUUCCAGGGGAGAUAACUCAGUCUAAUGUUGGAGUGCUACAAAGUGAAGAAAGUUCAGAGGAAUUAGGUGUUUCAUUUGAUAUUAUUCAAAAGUAUCAGACAGAGUUAACUGCAAUAUUAGAUAUUGUUCCUUGUGUUGACAAUUCAGUUUGGAUUAGUUCAAAUUUAGAUAGUUGUCUUAUUAAUGCAAUACCUAAAGGCAAAGAACUCAAUGUGGUAUCUACCUUUAACAUUAAGGUCUUUGGUAUGGCAAUAACUUCACCUAAUAUUAUCCUUCUAUCUGUUGGUGAAUCCAGACUAAAACAACUCAAUAUUACCACUGGUAAACUGUCUGACACUGUAUAUGAUGUGAGCCCGUUAGUGUCUACUUCCAUCCACAUUACCAGUGAUAAUAAAGUUAUAGUAGGAGGUAAUGAUGAUGACCUAGGAAGAAGAGCUGUUUUUAUAAUGAAUGAACAGGGAGACCAUGAGACUGUGUAUGAACAUGAUAAACAUAAUCAACCUAUAUUUACCUACCCAAGGAGUAUAACAAGUACUAGUAAUGGGAAUAUACAUGUGGUGGAUUGUGAUCCUGGUAAAGAAGGUAGAGUGGUAGUGUUGACAACAGGUAGUGGUGUAAUAAAUUCAUAUAAAGGCCAUCCUGAAAUAAACAAGAACUCACCAUUUCAACCAAACAUAAUAGUGACAACACCAAGUGACAAUGUCAUGGUGGUUGAAUUAGCUACUUAUGUCAUACAUAUUCUAGAUAAUAAGGGAAACCUUGUGUCAUGGUUUGACACUGAAGACAUAGGAAUACUAUGUCCAAGCUCCCUGGCAUUCACUCCAACAGGGCAACUCUAUAUAGGAUGUAGUAAAAAAGAAAGCAGUACAGCUAAGGAAGCAAAGAUUUAUGAAGUGACUUGUUCAGAAUGUUAAGAAAAACAUGCUUCUCAUAAUUGAUAUAGACUUCUAAACACUUGAUAUGUGAUAAACAUUGUAUUAUCAAAAACA